UGCCAGGGUUGUCUGUCUGUCUGUGUGGUUGGGGGAAACGAUAGAUUUUGCCGAGUGGUGGCUACAUUGUGUAAAUAUAUUUUAUUUACAUUUUAUUUAUUUAUGGAAAUUUAAAUAUUGCAAAUUUUGCAAACGUCAACAUUUCUGUGUUUGUGACCUAUUUACGUGUAUGCGUGUGUCUAGUCUUUAUUUUUCUGUGAUUGUCAUAUCUUGGAUUUAGAAGUAAAACACGGCGAGGGCUAGAUAAGCGGUGAUAGCAAUUAUAGCUCUUGAUAACCAGGAAAGCAAAAAAAGCCCAGUUUCCCAUAAUUUAUGUAUAAACAAAGGCAUCGACGCGACGAGUUUAGACAAAGGUCAGAAAACAAAAGGCAGUGAAUGUGUUAGCAGGUGUGAAAGUCAAAGAAUGUGCGUAAUAUUCUUCUAUGUCAAUUCAAAUCCCCAAAAGGAUGGCUACAAGUUAAUUUUGGCCUCCAAUCGGGAUGAAUUCUACGCCCGUGAUACCAAAGAGGCCAGCCAAUGGGAGGGUGUGGACAAUUGUUAUGGCGGCAUUGAUAUGGAACCGGGGCGUGAAGGUGGCACCUGGUUGGCCAUAUCUGGUCAGGAUGGUAUCUUCAAGAUUGGAGCUCUACUCAAUUUGACCGGUGAACCAAAACCUCGCAAUGCUGUGGUUGUAGACCUCAUACCUCAUCCUCUCAAUCAAACACAACAACAAAAGUCUUCCAAUUUAUCUAAUAAAACCUCCUCAACGAAUGGCUAUAAGACAUCCAACAACUAUAACAUCACAACACCACAAACUAAUAGCGACGAAUUUAAUCAUCACACUGAGCUACAAGGACAGAUAACAACAACUACACUACCACACCACAAUAAUAACUCUUUGUUAGGACGCGGCAUGCUGGUCAGCGAUUAUGUUCGUAACUAUGGUGAGAAAUUCGAUAAUGUCAAUUACAAUCAACGUCUGGUAGAGGAUUGUAGCAAAUAUAGUGCAUUUAAUUUUGUGUCCAUUGAAAUAGGGUCUUCCAGUACCCCUGCCUUGGUAACUCUUUGCAGUAAUGUGCCUCCCGGCCUGGUACAUUACAAGGAGAAUUCCUGCUAUGGCUUUGGCAAUAGUUUACCCUCAGCACCAUUUGAAAAGGUUCGCUAUGGUCGUAAUCGUUUUGAGCAAAUCAUCGAUGACAAACCGCCACAAAGCGAAUUGGUGGAACAAUUAAUGUUGUUGCUGAAGUGUAAAGAGAAAUUCUGGCCUGAUCCCGAACUGCAGCGUAGAGCACCCAAUUGGGGUGAAUAUUUAAGUGCUUUAAAUGUCUGCGUACCUGAUUGUGGCUAUGGCAGUCGUACCCACACGGUCAUACUAAUCGAUGCAAAUAAUAAAAUGCAUUUCAUUGAGGAGACAAUGCGUAGCCAAGAUCCCCAGGGGGAAUGGUGUAGAAAUCACAUUGAGAAACAAUUUCCAUUUUAAAAUGAUGAGGGACGAAAAAUCAAUUUCUUUGGCAAUAGUAGUUUUAGUAAUUAGAGAGACAAUGAUGCUUUUAGAGUAGCCAGGAGUCCCCGGGGGAUUUCAAUUUUUAAUUGUUUGGCAAAAGUAAUAAUUAGCAAUUAAAGAGACGAUGUAAUUGUGCUUUUAGUGUAGCCAAGACCCCCACAGUGGGGAAUUGUGUGGAUAGCACAUCGAAAUGCAAUUUACAUUUUUAAAUUUUAUUAACAACAAAGAGGUUGCCAUAGAAUUGAUUAGUACAGGGCGAGAUAAAAAAACUGCAAUAAAGUUAAUCGCCAUAAUUUUUACAUUUUUUCUUUAAUGUUAUUUAAUGAAAAAAAAACUGUCGGAAAUAGCAUCAAAUUUUUGAAAAAGUUUAGAUUUGUUCGAAUUAGUCAUUUUUGGCACGAAUUAUGGCCUGCCCGAAUGUUGCUCAGCGGUAUUUUAGCCCAUUCCUGGAGAAGCGCUUGCUUGAGGUGAUCGACACUUUGUUUUUUUUAGUGCCAACCUUGCUUUCCAAAAUUCUCUAGACAAAAUAGUGCAACGGAUUGGUAUGCGGACAUAUUGGUGGCCAUUGCGCGCUGGAAAUGAAGCGAGGAACCUUAUUUUGUAACCAUUCUUGCGUGGCGCGUGCUGAGUGCGAUGGUGCUGAGACCUAUUGGAAUGUCCAAGGUCUGCGGCCAAAAUGUUUGAGUGCCCAAGGCUUUAAUACACCCUCCAGAAUUUUUCGCGAUAAAAUUCGGCAUUUAUUCUGAUGCCACCGUCGAUUAAUACGAGCGGAGAGCGACCCAUCGGCUGUUCCAAAAAGUGCAAGAUCUUAUACCGCUUUACUCCGAGCUCAUUUUUCAAUAUUUGCCGAAUGGAAUAUUGCGAUAUGUUCAGCUCACGAGCCAUUUUUCGCCCACUACGACGCCGCGGGUUUCGAUCGAUUCGCUUCUUUACUUUUCGAACCAUUUCUACUGAUGCUGUUUCUGUCUUCUUCCGUCCAUUUCCUUGACGUCGGGCUACGCUACCAGUAUCACGGUAACAGUGCUAUGGUACGAGACAAAAAAGAGUUAUUCACAUUUAAAUGCUGGAGUGCUCUAACGAUAGCCACUUGUGGUUUUCCAGCCAAAUAUAAAGAAAUCACACUAUCACGCUUGAAUUCCAUCACGAAUAACUUCUUUUCUGGAAAAUUCUCACAAAGCUGUCACUGGAAAAGUUUUAACAGCUGUCGGACGAGUGGCUUAGAAAUGACAGCAGUUUGAAGUUGGUUGCAGUUUUUUCAUCUCACCCUGUAUAUUUCUAACAUUUUUGUAAUUAGUGAGAUUAGAAUAUAGUUCAGCUGUAAGGUUGGUCAAGUUCCAUUGGAAAAUGUUCAAUUUGGAAAAGGCUAUAGAAUCAGCAUUGAAAAAUAGUUUUUAAAUUUUGUAGAUUUGAUCCAAAGCCUAUAUAGGGCCGACCAAUAAGACAACUUUUGGCAAUACUAUUAUGACUGGACUCUCUUUGAAUUUCAAAUCACAAUUAUCUCUUUUUGGAAGGAAACUUAGUUGUCAUAUGUGCUUACUGGCCAACCUUAUAUAGGCCACGAUUUGGUCACACUGCUUGCCAUAAAGUUUAACAAUGAGAGACAUUAUGAUACACUUGCUUACUCAGGUUUAUAUGGUAAAGCUUCGUAAAGUCUUAAGUAGGUUUUUUGUUUUGCCUUAGCAUUUCUCCUUUAUACCAAAUAGUUUUAUAAUCUAAAUGUGAUUGUCUCAAUUCUAGUAGUUUUUUUUUUUUGCUUUUAACAAAUUUUGCUCAGGUCGUCUCUUGUGUUAUAUGUAUCUUGAUUUUUCCGUUUAUUCAAAUAACUUGAAAUUAGAAAUAAAAUAAAAA